AUGGGCUUCAGCUGCCCACCAGCCGAUCCAAGCGUCACGUGGGGCUGGCAGGCCGGCAGCCCUUUCACACAAAGACACCAGUACCUGCGCUACUCGGGCGCGCUCUCUUCGGGGUGGUGGCCAGCCAGAAGGGGGCGCGUGGCCUACGUGGCUCUGCGGGGGGAGAGGGGCCGCUACGUGGCAGCGCCCGCCUGCGAGCACGUCUUCAUCUGGGACACGCGCAAGGCAGAGAAGGUUCUCGUACUUAAAGGUCGUAAGCAGGAGGUUACUGCUCUUUGCCCGUCCCCAGAUGAUCUACAUUUGUCUGUUGGCUACGAGGAUGGCUCAGUUCGUGUAUUCAGCCUCUUGAGUGGAGAAGAAGAAAUCACAUUCAAUGGUCAUAAAGGCACUGUCACUGCCCUGAGAUAUGAUGCUCUGGGAGGGAAACUAGCUUCAGGUUCCAAGGACACAGACAUCAUUGUUUGGGAUGUGAUCAAUGAGAGUGGUUUGUACCGUCUGAAAGGUCACAAGGAUGCUAUUACGCAGCUUCUUUUCUUCAGCGAGAAGAAUGUACUGAUCUCCAGUGGAAAAGACACUCUGGUAAAAUGGUGGGAUCUGGAUACUCAGCAUUGCUUCAAAACAUUGGUUGGGCACCGAAGUGAGGUGUGGGGAUUAGCUUUGGUUUCUCAAGAAAGCCUUCUUAUUACUGGUUCUGCUGACAGUGAGCUGAGGGCCUGGAACAUCAGCUUUUUCCAGGAACAUUUAUCGUCUAAAAUUGGUAUAUAUAUGUGCUAUUUUAUUCCUAGGUCUACCUUGCAGUGUAUCCGGACCAUGGUGUGUGAGUACGCACUUUGUUCGUUCUUUGUCCCAGGAGACCGACAAGUUAUUAUAGGAACUAAGACUGGGAAACUGCAGCUCUUUGAUCUGGCCUCUGGGAAUCUACUGGAGAGCAUUGAUGCUCACAAUGGAGCUCUCUGGUCCAUCUCUCUUUCGUCAGAUCAGCGUGGCUUUGUAACAGGAGGUGCAGAUAAAUGUGUCAAGUUCUGGGAAUUCCAGCUGGUGAAAGAUGAGAACAGUAUCCAAAAAUGGCUCUCUGUGAAGCAAACACGUGUUUUGCAGCUGGAUGAAGAUGUUCUCUGUGUCCGGUACAGCCCUUGCCAAAAACUGCUGGCUGUUGCCUUACUGGACUGCACGGUGAAAAUAUUCUACACUGAUACACUCAAGUUUUUUCUUUCUCUUUAUGGACACAAAUUGCCAGUACUGUGCAUGGAUAUCUCUCAUGAUGGGGCAUUAAUUGCUACUGGCUCUGCUGACAGGAAUGUGAAAAUUUGGGGCUUGGACUUUGGGGAUUGUCAUAGAUCCCUUUUUGCUCAUGAUGACAGCAUAAUGUAUCUCCAGUUUGUAUCCAAGUCCCACCUCUUCUUUACAGCAGGGAAGGAUCAUAAGAUUAAACAAUGGGAUGCAGAUAAAUUUGAGCACAUCCAGACCCUGGAGGGACACCACCAGGAAGUAUGGUGUCUGGCACUUAGUCCCAAUGGUGACUAUCUUGUGUCUUCCUCUCAUGAUAAAUCAUUGCGUCUCUGGGAGAGAACAAGGGAGCCACUUAUUCUGGAAGAGGAGAGGGAGAUGCAAAGAGAAAUGGAAUAUGAAGACAGUAUAGCUAAGGAGGACCAGCCUUUGAUUGCCGGUGACGUUCAAGGGGAGUCUGGAUUAGCAGGGAAAAAGACCAUUGAGACAAUCAAGGCGGCUGAACGGAUUAUGGAAGCCAUUGAGCUAUAUAGAGAGGAGACUGUCAAGAUGGAAGAACACAAAGCUAUCUGCAGAGCUGCUGCCAAAGAAGUUCCUCUUCCAGUAAACCCAGUUCUCCAAGCUUUCGGCAAUAUUUCACCUUCUGCUUAUGUGCUAGAAGUUCUGAAGAAGGUGAAGUCAAGUGAAUUGGAAGAAUCUCUGUUGGUGCUGCCAUUUUCAUAUGUACCUGACCUGCUUGUGCUCUUCAAUGAGUAUCUCCAGUUGGGUUCAGAGAUAGAGCUGCUUUGCCGGGCUCUUCUGUUUCUGCUCAGGAUACACUUUGGGCAGAUCACAAGCAACCAGCUGCUUGUUAAGGUGAUGGAGAACCUGAAGAAAACCACCAAAUCUCAAGUCAGUGAAGUGAGGGAUACGCUGGGAUUUAAUAUGGUUGCUCUCCAAGUCCUAAAGAGGGAAAUAGAGGCAAAAGAUGAAGUGACUUUUUUUGCUGAUGCCACUGCCCAAUUUGAAGAGAGAAAGAGAAAAAGAAAGAAGAAACAGAAGAUGAUUCUUGCAAUGGUUUAACUGGGACAGACUGUGGGUGGGAUUUGUUGCUUGAAGGAGGAGGCUGGGCUGCUCUCUCCAGUAUGCUGAGAUGGUGGAUGUGGGAUGGAGGUAAGUCGUUAUGUGGGAAAAUCUGUUGAGUUGAACUGGAUUUUCACUCAGCUGUUUUCAUGUCAAAAUGAAAGGAGUGGAGGGGUUCAGGACUUACCUGCAGCUAAAAAGUCCCUGCCGAGGAACUGUAUAGACAGUGGGCAUUUACAUCAUCAUUUUCAUGCCACAAAACACUGUGAUAGACAUAUUUGCAAUUUGCUUAUUAAUGAAGGCAGUGCUUUUCUUCUACCAGAUAGAACUGUAAGUGAAUUCUUUCACAGAAUUAAACAUUUGCCUCAGCAAUGGUGUUAAACUUCCUGGCACUCUGACAGACAUAUUUGUAAUUUGAGCCUGAUGCUUAUUUCUAGACCUUUUGAAAUGUUAAAAUGAUGGAAGUGGCUUAGUACCUCAUCCAAAAUGCUUUGGUUCAUUUUCUUUGAGGUUACCUGAAUUAAAAGUGACAGAAUAAUUA